AUCAGUUCUUUUUAAUCAACUGAGUUGAGAGGAUGAAAACAAUUUUACUGGCUCUCUGUUUGAUUCCUCUUAUUUUUGCAGAUUCAAAAACUAGGCAGGACCUUGACGCUGCAGCUGUUGAUGUUGAUACUGAAGCUGAACCUGAACCUGAACCCAAUGCUGAACCCUAUGAGGCAGACGAAGAGAAUGACCUAACUCCAGAAAAAAUGCUAGUUUCACUUUUUGAAGAUGUUGAGAGGACGGCUCGAGAUGUAGAUGUAGUGGAUGAGGAUGAGGAUGAGAACCUCAAUGCUGUUGAUGAUCCGGAACUAUCUGAGGAUGAAUCAAUGGCUAAAUAUAUUCAGGACACAGACCCAAGUGAGGUAAAGAGAUUUAACGACUAUAUGGAUGCUAUAUAUAGAAGGUAUUCACAAAAAUGUAAUCUAAAAUCUUUUGUGUACUUUAUUCAUGAAAUAACCAUUUCAUCAAUGAAAUAA